ACAAGAACACAAAUGUUUUAGGUUCGUCACAUUCGAAAGGUACGACCAGUGUGAUCUCGAUCUGCCACACGUCCAACGCUGUGAGUAUAAAGUAAUUAGUAUGAUUGUUACCAAUGCACCCUGGAGUGAGUUGUUACCCCUAGUAACCUAACUUACCUCUGACUCCAUGUAUCAUGGCGGCGACACUACCACAUGAGAACAGGGUCCGCCUAGCCCACUCAUCGCCGCUAGACACCUUGGUGCGGCGAACUUCGUCCAAACGGCAGGCCGUCCAACGGAAAGAAGAACAUGAAGCCCGGAAGCAGGCUACUAUUUCCUCCUUGCCAGUACCAUCUUCCUCUCGGACAACUGGUUUUCCAACACCGCUGCAGGUCCAGGAUUUGCACCCAAUUUCUCCACCAAGGCCGUAUGCAACUAGUCCGAGAGUGCCCGAGUCUCCUCUCUUGCACUCGCAAUUCCGUAAUUCGACAGCUAGCAAUGCUGAAUAUCUUAACAGAAAGUCAUUUCUGUCGUUGACGGACGAACCAAAUGGAUACUAUGACGAACUUGAGUCGUAUUAUGAAGAGAACAGCAUGUAUUCACUGCAAAGUCACACAUCCGGCGCUUCUGUUGACAGCCGCCGUGAUUGGCAUACCACUCUAGGACCCAGUGGCGGUUUGAACAUACAAUCUUCGGUUCAUGACAUGCGUCCAUUCAACUCAAGCCCUAGUACUCCCGUUCCAACCGUCGUGGUUUCCAAACCUCAUGAUAUCGACAAGCAAGUCGCCGUUAAUGAACCAAAACUUGGCGGAAGAUCACCCAUAGUUGACCCUACUCCUCGUUUGAACUUUUCCAGGCCAGGCAGACCCCCCAUAUUCUCUUCUGAAGAGCAGAAACGCCAGGUUCUUGAGCGAAAUUCACAAAGGCUCCGUUCUCCACGGACCGCUCAUACUCCACUUUCCCCAAUUACGCCCCAGACGGGCGUCUUCCCUGAAAGCAAGUUUUUGUCCCCUACACCCCAAUCCGAGGCGAGCUCGUCACGGUCCUAUCUUCAACCAAACUAUGCUGCUUCUUCUCCAACGCUUUCAUCCCACUCCCAAGUACAACUUUCCACUCGCCCGCCGUCUGUGCGUCCGAGCUCACCAGCAAGCUUGUACUCUACCUCAUACUCCUUUUACCGUUUGAGCGAUGGCUCUCCAUCCCCAACUGGCAAUUCAAAAUUUCCUUCCCAUUCACCUUCCCCGCCGGGCAACCGUUCACCUUCCACCGAGCCUUCAACUCCACAGGAGUAUCUUCAGCUAGGAAUACAAUACCACGAGGCCAACAAACUACAGGAUAGCGCAUUUUGCUUCGAGAAAAGUGCAAAGGAAGAGGGCGGAUGCGGGAUAGGGAUGCUCUUGUGGGGAUUGACGCUCAGGCACGGGUGGGGAUGCGAGAAGAAUGAGAAAAGUGCAUUUAAGUGGUUAACAAAGGCCGCGGAAAGUGCAGUGGACGACCUGGGCAAGGCGAGACAAGGAUUGGACGUGACAGCCGUUAGGUCGGAGCUUGUGCUAGCGAUUUAUGAGGUUGGCCAGUGCUUCUUUCAUGGCUGGGGCGUAGCUAAGGACCACAAGAUGGCAGUUAGUUACUAUCGAGUUGCUGCCAACCUCGGUGAUGGUGAUGCGCAAGAAGAUCUCGGGUUCUGCCUAGCCAAUGGCAAAGGGUGCAAGAAGGAUAAGAAGGAAGCUGCUAAGUGGUAUCGCGCGGCUGUCGCACAAGGUGCCAGCGACGUUGGGAUGGCGUGGAUCUACAAGGACAAAUACAAGGGCUAGCGCGCUAGCGAAGGAUGAAAAUCCCGCGCCCCAGAAUAGAGCAACCCUGCGCAUUAUCAGCGGCGCCCACAAAAGGCCCAUAUCCCACUGGAUCCUCACAGCGGACGGUGAAUAUAAGGGCUCC